GUCCUGGACGCUGGCUCCUCGCACACGUCCAUGUUCAUCUACAAGUGGCCGGCGGACAAGGAGAACGACACGGGCGUGGUGGGCCAGCACAGCUCCUGCGACGUGCGCGGUGGGGGCAUCUCCAGCUACGCAGACAACCCCUCGGGGGCCGGCCAGAGUCUGGUUGAAUGCCUGGAGCAGGCGCUGCGGGACGUGCCCAGGGAGAGGCACGCGGGCACACCCCUCUACCUGGGAGCCACGGCGGGCAUGCGCCUGCUCCAUCUGACCAGCCCAGAGGCCUCGGCCAACGUGCUGGCGGCCGUGACGCACACGCUGACCCAGUACCCCUUCGACUUCCGUGGCGCCCGAAUCCUGUCCGGCCAGGACGAGGGAGUGUUUGGCUGGGUGACCGCCAACUACCUGCUGGAGAACUUCAUCAAGUACAGCUGGGCCGGCCGGUGGUUCCGGCCGAGGAAGGGGACGCUGGGGGCCAUGGACCUGGGAGGCCCCUCCACGGGUUUGGUUUUUGCCAGGGGCCAUGGGGAGCCAAGGAUUGCUCCUGAGCACAGAAGUGGCGUCACCAAGUGGGCUGGUGGGAGAUUCAUCAGGCUGGGGAGCCCCCGGGGCCUGGGGUGGGCAGUGCUUAAAGUGGGGUGAUGAAACCCCACCUUCAUCGUCUCCCAGACCCGCCGCCCUCACCCCUGCUGGCCGCGGGGCUACUCCUCUCACGUGCUGCUCCGGGACGUGUACGAGUCGCCGUGCACCGCGGCCCAGCGGCCCCAGAGCUUCAACAGCAGUGACAGGGUCGGCCUGUCCGGGAGCGGCGACCCCGCCUCCUGCCGCGGCCUCGUCUCCAGGCUCUUCAACCUCUCGUCCUGCCCCUUCUCCCGAUGCUCCUUCAACGGCGUCUUCCAGCCGCCCGUGCUACCAGUUGCCUUCAUCAAUACCCUAAAUCGCCCACCUGUGUCCCAGCUGCAGGUCCGGGCACCGGAGGCAGGGGCCCACCUGCCCAACUACUGCCCCAUGGCCAUGUUCGUGCAUCAGCUGCUAAGCCUGGGUUACCGCUUCGACGAGCACGCCUUCAGCCGGGUGACCUUCCAGAAGAAGGUGGGCACUGCUGCGACCACAGGUGGGCCUCGGGGCAGUGGAGCCUCCAUUCCUAUCCUUGGGGCCCUCAGACCCCCCCCAGAGGGUCUGUAUUAG